AUGGCACAUGCUCCUGAUCAACCCUCAUCUUCAGCAUCAGCUGUACAAAGUAAACCCAGCGUAGAAGCGAACGAAAACCAGCAUGUGAAGAGUUCGUCCGUGGAAGGGGAAGCAAAAAGUGCAAAAGAAAAACUUGAAAGGAAACAUGUGGAAAACGAGUUAACAAGGGAAAAUGAAGAAAUGCGCAAAGAACUGGAGAGAAGAAAUUUGGGCAAACAAAUGGUCGAGGCACAAGUUUGUGGCAAUUCUUUUUAUUUGGCUGUCAAAACACCUGUUUUAUGA